AUGAACGAAUAUAUCGAAAAAUGGCUUAGGAUAUACUUCAAGUGCUUUAUUAAUGCAGUACUAUAUUACAGAAAUGUAUAUCCCAGAGAAUCGUUUGAUUGGACAUCAUAUCAAGCUUUCAACUUGCCUCGUCACAUCCCUAUUAACAGGCAUCCUUCCUUGCAAGAGUACAUAGAAACGUUGAUAGUGGAUGUCUUGGGAAAGUUGAGCAAUACAAAGAGUUUCAAUCUUAGGAUCGUUACAGAAGAAGAUGCUAUUUGCAUUGAAAAGUACACCCUAGAUUUUAGCGAGUUUCGGCAUGAGGAUCCUCAAAAUAUGACGGAAACAGCAGUGUUCGACGAUUUGCGGUCUAGUCUUAAUGACUUGUUAGCAAAACUACAAAAGUUACCGGCGAUCAAGCCUGGAAGUGUCACUUUUGAGGUUGUAAUCGAUACUUUGGGUUUGUCUCUUGGCCAUAACAUGAAUCGCCCAAAAAAUGCAAGCGAAAAGGUGGAACAGGAACAGGAUGUUAAUUGGGUGAAAUGUUUGCCAUUUGGUUUUGACCCAACUCAGUAUCCCACGGAUGAAGCGAUGACUACGAUGCCCCGAAUAAAAAUGACAUCGUUAGUCGGUUGUGACGUUGGGCCUAUGGUAGUUCAUCAAUUCAUGGAACGACUAAUUUUCCCCCCGAGGCAAAUACCAAUUGAUGUUUAUGAAACACAAUCUACAGUAGAAUAUGAAUCAUCAUUACCUUGA